UUUUCAAUUUUCAUUCUUUCUUUCCUUGUUUAGCAACCCUUUUGAGUUUUCUCUUUGAGAAAGAAAUAGUGUCGAAAAAGGUUGCGAAAAAUGAGUAGUUGUACAUUUUCCCUUGUUUCAAUUAAGCCUAGUAAACAAUUCAUGUCUCAAAACUCUUUUAGUCUUUCUAACAUAAGAUUAGAAGUGAUUAGUGUAUCUUCUUCGUCUUCUAUUAAGCUUCAAAAAUCUCAUAUGAGAGCUGAACUUACUAUUAUGGCUCCUACUACCAAGCAAAGUGUUGUUUUUCCUGAAUUAACAAAACCGGGAAUUCCAUUCUUCGAUUUACGCUUACAAGAAGUUGUCAAAAGACAGUCUCAGAACACUCACACCUUUCAUAUUGAGGAUCAAGCUCGAAGGAAGCCGGGAUUUCAUCCUAGCUUUCUUGAGGAGUCAUAUGAAAGGUGUAGGUGUAUUUGUGAAGAAUAUGCCAAGUCAUUCUAUCUAGGUACCAUGCUAAUGACAGAAGAAAGAAGAAAAGCUAUAUGGGCAAUAUAUGUUUGGUGUAGGAGGACAGAUGAGCUUGUGGAUGGUCCUAAUGCAGUGUACAUGAGCUCUGAAGUUCUUGAUAGAUGGGAAAAGAGACUUCAAGACAUCUUCGACGGGCGGCCUUAUGAUGUACUCGACGCUGCAUUAACAGAUACUAUUUUCAAAUUUCCAUUAGACAUUAAGCCUUUUAGGGACAUGAUUGAAGGUAUGAGGAUGGACACUAGAAAAUUUCGAUACCAAAACUUCCAAGAACUCUAUCUUUAUUGCUACUAUGUAGCUGGAACUGUUGGAUUAAUGAGUGUUCCAAUCAUGGGAACAUCACCAGAAUCAUUAAUUUCUGUAAAGAGAAUAUAUGAUUCUGCACUUUACUUAGGAAUUGGUAACCAAUUGACAAAUAUUCUAAGAGAUGUUGGAGAAGAUGCUAUGAGAGGGCGAGUUUAUCUUCCUCAAGACGAGUUAGCGCAGUUUGGAUUAUCGGACAAGGAUAUUUUCUCGAGAAAAGUUACCGAAAGAUGGAGAGAAUUCAUGAAAGAACAAAUAACAAGAGCAAGAUUCUACUUCAACUUAGCAGAAGAAGGAGCUUCUCAGCUUGACAAAGCUAGCCGUUGGCCGGUAUUUACCAUUUUUCAGGUAUGGUCAUCCUUGUUGUUGUACAGAAACAUUUUGGAUGCAAUUGAAGAAAAUGAUUAUGAUAACUUCACAAAAAGAGCAUAUGUAGGAAGAACUAAGAAACUUCUUAUGUUGCCUUUAGCUUACACAAGAUCACUAUCAACACCAACCAUCAACUUUCAUUGUGAACAAGUUGCUUAAGCGAUAAUAAUAAUAAAGAAAUGUUAAAGGGUAUCAGUGGUACUUAGUUCUAUGUGUCAAUAUCGUUAUUGGUCCAACUAAGUAUCGGGUCCCAUAUAAUUUAAUAUAAUAGCUUUUAUGGAGUAUCGCUAGCCAAUCAUAACGAGACAUGUUGAGAAGGUGCUAGGUACCACUAGUACUUAAUAGCAAUGCUCGUAAUAAUAUGAUCACCAAAUUUUACAAUCACUAAGUAGCAAACAUUAUGUAUACCAUACUUAUACCUCUUUUAAUGGGUGAUGUUAGUCUUAGAUCACCUUUGUAAAGAUUGUACACAUGGUUUCAAUUAAAGGAUUCAUUUUGGGGCACUCUCUUUCUUUGAUUGUGUUUCUUGUUGAGAAGAUGUAUGAGUGUGUCCAUAUUAAAAACAAGUUCAAGAAUAUAUGAAGUAAUCUUUUUUUACAUAGUUAACAGUUGAUUAAUACCUCUAUUAACAAGAAAAUUAUUUCUUUGUAAUACUCAAUUGGAAUCUACCUACUUUGUGUAUGAUCAAUCCCAUUAUUUUGCAAUAAAUUGAGUAUUGCUCAUAUAGGGGUGCUCAAAAGACUUUGUAACUCACCCAAAC